UCUCAUGCAGCCACGAAUAACGAAGGCCAUACUUUUUCGUUCGAAUUUCCCGAGUCGCCUAACUAAUGUAGGUAUGUAUGUGUGUAUGCAUUGCAUGAGUCCAUCGAUCCAAUUCCUUUCCACACGCGGCGCACAUCUCGUCGGGAUGCCUUCCCCCUUGCUCCUCUCCUAUCCCCUUCCCUUCCCCUCGCUUAUUGUCCCCGCGUCGUAAUUCCCGACGCCCUGUUGCCCUGUGGCGCGCCGCCGUCGUCCGAGAGGGGAGGAGAAAAAAGAGAGCUGAGAAGGAGAGUUUAUGCCCCCAGUACCAUCCGAUUAUGGCGCCGCCCUGAAUGGUCAGCCGCACUCGUGUAAAAUACCCUAUAAGCGGCCGACUUCCCACGCCUCUAUAAAUCUUCCCGUUGCCCAACCCCCUCUUCCGUUUUUCGUCUGACAUCCAGCACCGCUCGCUGGGCUUCUCCUGUCUACCCUACAUUCGUUUAUGAAUUCGCUCGCUUGAAGGGAUCAACAACCAGUGCAAGGGGAAAACAAAAUGUAUUCGCUGUCUUUCGUUCUCGCAAGCCUACUUACGGUGGGCUUCGCCCUUGUGGCGGUCCCGCCGCCGUUGCCGCUCAGCCUGCGCGAUGUCUCGCCCGACCUGACGUGCGGGAACACGGGGGCUGGGACCAAGGGUUACACGUGCUCUGACAACCUGUGCUGCUCGCAGUACGGCUACUGCGGCAACAGCACAAACUACUGCGCCGCCGGCUGCCAGGAGAAGUUCGGCCUGUGUAGCGGGUCCGGCGGCGACGGGAAUGGGGACGGGGGAGAUGGCGGCGACGGAGGUACCUCGCCGGAUCUGACGUGCGGAAAUACGGGGGCCGGAGAGCAUGGGUAUAUCUGCCCGACUGGCGACUGUUGUUCUCAGUAUGGAUACUGCGGUAACUCGACUGACUAUUGCGGUGUUGGAUGUCAAUCUGCUUUUGGGACAUGUUCGCCGGGAGGCGGCGGGAACGGUGGAAGUUCCACUGAUGGGCGCUGCGGACCUGACUUUGACGAUCAGAUGUGCGGUGCGACGGAAUGUUGUUCCGCUUCUGGAUACUGCGGUACCACUCCGGAUUACUGCAACGCCCCGGACUGCCUCUUCGACUACGGACCGGCGUGCGACGCGAACAAGAGCCCAAGCGGCACCAACACGUCGACGCUGACCCGCUCGCCCCUCGGGAGCGUGGCGGUCGGCGGCGGCGGGAUCUACGACUGCCAGCGCGAAGGCGACGUGGCCCUGACGUUCGACGACGGGCCGGGCCAAUACACCUCCGAGCUGUUGGACCUCCUGGCGCGGUAUAGCGCCAAAGCGACGUUUUUCAUCACCGGGAAUAAUAACGGCAAGGGCGAGAUCGACAACGCGAGUCUUCCAUGGCCGUCUAUCAUCAAGCGCAUGCACACGGACAACCACCAGAUCGCGUCGCACACGUGGUCGCACGCGGACCUGAGCGCGAUCACGUCGGCGCGGCGGCGGGACGAGAUGGUGAAGAACGAGAUGGCGUUCCGGAACAUCCUGGGGUUCAUGCCGACGUACAUGCGGCCGCCGUACAGCUCGUGCACGCGGGCGAGCGGGUGCGAGGACGACAUGGUGGCGCUGCGGUACCACGUCGUCUACUUCGACCUCGACACCGCCGACUACCUCAACGACUCGCCGACCCUGAUCCAGAACGCCAAGAACAACUUCGACCAGUUUUUCGUGGGGCUGUCCCCCGACGAGGACGACGCCCUCGUCAUCUCCCACGACAUCCACGAGCAGACCGUUCACAACCUCACCGAGUACAUGCUCAAGGGCAUCCAGAGCCGCGGGUACAAGGCUGUGACGGUGGGCGAUUGCCUUGGGGAUCCGGUGCAGAACUGGUAUAGGCAGGUUUCGUAG